CCACCAUGCACGCUCUCCAGCAACAAUACUGGGCGGUACGCGACUACUUGAGUCCUGUUCUCAAAGAGAGCAAAUUCAAGGAGCAUGGGCGUAUCACUCCUGAGGAGUUCAUUGCUGCAGGAGACUUCCUGACGUACAAGUUUGGGGUCUGGACAUGGGAGAAAGCCGACCCAGGGAAGACGCGCGACUUUCUACCCGCCGACAAACAGUACCUGAUGACGCGCGGGGUGCCAUGCCUGCGCCGAGCAACGGCUCUCGCCUACACAGACGCAGACGAGGACGCAGAGCGGCUUGUCUCCUUUGGCGAGCUCUCGAGCACGGGCAAGGAGGAAGACGAGUGGGUCGAGACGCACGCUGGUCGCCCCGUGGGCGACGACGGUGUGGCGGACGCGGGCUACAUCGACGAGAUUCCGGACGUCGAAGACGGCCUGGCGCAUGCGAUGGCGAACACAUCGUUAUCGAGCGCGGGGGCGGGCCCGGAUGAGAUCCCGGAUAUUGAUGAGAUCCCGGACAUGGAAGAGGAGGACUUGGAGGAUGAGGACGAUGCGGCUGUUGCAGCACCCAAAGUUACGUCGCCGACUGCCGGGGUCAUCGACGGAAGUCAAGUUGAGGUAGCAAAGGGUAACCUCUUGCAAGUGCGGACGUACGACGUCCUCAUCUCAUACGACAAGUACUACCAGACACCGAGAUUGUGGCUCAUUGGUUAUGAUGAGAACGGCAACCCGCUCACGCCGUCGCAAAUAUUUCAAGACAUAUCUGCCGAGCAUGCGAAGAAGACGGUGACGAUCGAGCCCUUCCCUCACAGCAACUCUCUACAGGCAGCAUCCGUACAUCCGUGUCGGCACGCUGAGGUCAUGAAGAAGGUCAUUGAGCGCAUGAACCAGAGCGUAAUUGAGGAGCAGCAAGCGCAGCGCAAGGGCACGUCCGCAGCGGCAGCCAAGGACAAAGGUGCCCAGAAGAAGUGGCUCUUCCGCCGCGCGAGCGGGAACAACGUCAAGGACGCGCAAGACGAGGAUAUAGAGGGUAUGCGCGUCGACUUCUAUCUCGUCGUCUUUCUCAAGUUCAUCGCAUCGAUUGUGCCCACGAUCGAGGUCGACUCGACGACGUCGUUCUGAUCCCCGUUCCUCCCACCAUCCGACGCUGUAUUGCCCGCGCACACAAUCAUCCAUCCGUUUCGGUCGGACAGUCCUUUUUUGUUUUUCGAUUUGAGAUACAAGUCUGUUGCUAGACGUAUACCAGGUCUUUGGGUUUCGUUACCUUCUUCGAUCCUCCUCCCUGUACCACUUGACUACUCACGAUGCUCACGACGAUGUAUAUAUAGAAUUAUCAGCAAUGGAUUAGG